GUUUAAUCAGAGGAGAAAGCUGACACAGCGAAGUCAGAGGAAAGCGCCAAGAUACAUUUCUUUAGUUUCUGGAAACAAAAAUUGGGCAGACUCCACUUCCAGCUACGAUCUAGCGGCCGGGAUUUCCAACGCUCCGGGUCCAGAGUUUCGCGAGGACCCCCCUGAAGGGCCCCCAGCUCCGCCGAGGCCGCGCCCAAGGGGCCGUCGUUACCCCCUAGAAAGGCCCUCCGCCGGCUCCGCCCUUGCCCGCCCAGGCCCCGCCUCGGCCGCGCGCUGUCCCCCUCUGCUCGCGGACUCACUUGGGCGAGCGAGCGGCAGCGCUCGGCCUUGUGGCAGGCGGCGGGGGCCGGCGAGGGCGCCGGAGCCGCGGGUAGCGGCGGGGCGCAGGGAGGCGCGUACAGGGGCUCGGACGGCGCGGCGUUGGCCGCUGCGGGCGCCCCUGAGCACUCUCACCUUCUGUCGCGCAACUUCGAAGCCAGGACGCGGGAGCCAACGGAGCGCUCGAGCCCCGGAGCCUGAGGAGCGCAUAGAGGGGCGCGCCGGAGCCUGGCCGGAGAGCGGGCGCCGGGUACCCAUCGCGCUCCGAGCGCCGGGCAGCCCUCUGCGAAGCGUGGCUGCCUCUGCCCCCACGGAGGGCACGGGCUGGCGCGGCCGGGCGCAGGGGAGGACGGCGAGGAGGAGGCGGCGGCGGCGGAGACGGCGGCGGCGAGGCUGGGGCCAGGGAGAGAGCCCCGGGGGAGAGGCGCCCGAGCCGGGCCGCGGGAGCAUGUGGGCCCGGAGCGGAGCGCGGGGCGCGCUACUGCUGACAUUCCUGCUCUGCUCGGACCUGAGGCUGAGCCAAGCAGGCACUGAUUCUGGCAGCGAGGUGCUCCCAGACUCCUUCCCAUCGGCGCCGGCAGAGCCGCUGCCGCACUUCCUACGGGAGCCGCAGGACGCCUACAUCGUGAAGAACAAGCCGGUGGAGCUGCGCUGCCGUGCCUUCCCCGCCACGCAGAUCUACUUCAAGUGCAACGGCGAGUGGGUCAGCCAGAACGACCACGUCACGCAGGAGAGCCUGGACGAGGCCACCGGCCUGCAGGUGCGAGAGGUGCAGAUCGAGGUGUCGCGGCAGCAGGUGGAGGAGCUGUUUGGGCUGGAGGAUUACUGGUGCCAGUGCGUGGCCUGGAGCUCUGCGGGCACCACCAAGAGUCGCCGGGCCUAUGUCCGCAUUGCAUACCUGCGCAAGAACUUCGAUCAGGAGCCUCUGGGCAAGGAAGUGCCCCUGGACCACGAAGUUCUCCUACAAUGCCGCCCACCAGAGGGGGUGCCUGUGGCUGAGGUGGAAUGGCUCAAGAACGAGGAGGUUAUCGACCCCACCCAGGACACCAACUUCCUGCUCACCAUCGACCACAACCUCAUCAUCCGCCAGGCUCGCCUGUCAGAUACAGCCAACUACACCUGCGUGGCCAAGAACAUCGUGGCCAAGCGCCGCAGCACCACCGCCACCAUCAUUGUCUACGUGAACGGCGGCUGGUCCAGCUGGGCUGAGUGGUCACCCUGCUCCAACCGCUGUGGCCGCGGCUGGCAGAAACGCACACGGACCUGCACCAACCCCGCCCCACUCAACGGAGGUGCCUUCUGUGAGGGCCAGGCCUUCCAGAAGACUGCCUGCACCACCGUGUGCCCAGUUGAUGGCGCGUGGACAGAGUGGAGCAAGUGGUCGGCCUGUAGCACCGAGUGUGCGCACUGGCGCAGCCGCGAAUGCAUGGCGCCCCCUCCCCAGAACGGAGGCCGAGACUGCAGCGGGACCCUGCUUGACUCCAAGAAUUGCACCGACGGGCUGUGUGUGCAGAAUAAGAAAACUCUAAGUGACCCCAAAAGCCACCUUCUGGAGUCCUCGGGGGAUGUGGCGCUGUACGCAGGCCUUGUGGUGUCCAUCUUCGUGGUGGUGGCCGUCCUCGUGGUGGUAGGGGUGGUCGUGUACCGCCGCAACUGCCGGGACUUCGACACCGACAUCACCGACUCGUCCGCCGCCCUCACUGGCGGCUUCCACCCAGUCAACUUUAAGACUGCGAGGCCCAACAACCCGCAGCUCCUGCACCCAUCUGUGCCUCCGGACCUCACUGCCAGUGCGGGCAUCUACCGCGGACCCGUGUACGCCCUGCAGGACUCGGCCGACAAGAUCCCAAUGACCAACUCACCCCUGCUGGACCCCCUGCCCAACCUCAAGAUCAAGGUCUACAACUCUAGCACUACCAGCUCUGGGCCAGGCCUGGCAGACGGGGCUGAGCUGCUGGGAGUCCUGCCACCCGGCACUUACCCUGGUGAUUUUGCCCGGGAUGCCCACUUCCUGCACCUGCGCAGUGCCAGCCUCGGCUCCCAGCAGCUCCUGGGCAUGCCCCGUGACCCGGGGAGCAGUGUCAGCGGCACCUUUGGCUGCCUGGGCGGGAGGCUCAGCAUCCCUGACACAGGGGUCAGCCUGCUGGUGCCCAAUGGAGCCAUUCCCCAGGGCAAGUUCUAUGAGAUGUACCUCCUCAUCAACAAGGCAGAAAACACCCUCCCGCUUUCGGAAGGGACCCAGACAGUAUUGAGCCCUUCGGUGACCUGCGGGCCCACGGGCCUCCUGCUGUGCCGCCCCGUCAUCCUCACGGUGCCACACUGCGCUGAAGUCAGUGCCGGUGACUGGAUCUUCCAGCUCAAGACCCAGGCCCACCAGGGCCACUGGGAGGAGGUGGUCACCCUGGAUGAGGAGACCCUUAACACCCCCUGCUACUGCCAGCUGGAGGCCAGGUCCUGCCACAUCUUGUUGGACCAGCUGGGCACCUACGUCUUCACGGGGGAGUCCUACUCCCGCUUGGCAGUCAAGCGGCUCCAGCUGGCCAUCUUCGCCCCAGCCCUCUGCACCUCUCUGGAGUACAGCCUCAGGGUCUACUGCCUGGAGGACACGCCCGUAGCACUGAAGGAGGUGCUGGAGCUGGAGCGGACCCUGGGUGGCUACCUAGUGGAGGAGCCAAAACCCCUGCUGUUUAAGGACAGUUACCAUAACCUGCGCCUCUCCCUCCACGACAUGCCCCACGCCCACUGGAGGAGCAAGCUGCUGGCCAAGUAUCAGGAGAUCCCCUUCUAUCACAUUUGGAGUGGCAGCCAGAAGGCCCUGCACUGCACCUUCACCCUGGAGAGGCAUAGCCUGGCCUCCACGGAGCUCACCUGCAAGAUCUGCGUGCGGCAGGUGGAGGGGGAGGGCCAGAUAUUCCAGCUGCACACCACGCUGGCAGAGACGCCUGCUGGCUCCCUGGAUGCCCUUUGCUCCGCCCCCAGCAGCGCAGUCACCACCCAGCUGGGACCCUACGCCUUCAAGAUCCCCGUUUCCAUCCGCCAGAAGAUAUGCAACAGCCUGGACGCCCCCAACUCGCGCGGCAAUGACUGGCGGUUGUUGGCGCAGAAGCUCUCCAUGGACCGAUACCUGAACUACUUUGCCACAAAAGCGAGCCCCACGGGUGUGAUCCUCGACCUCUGGGAAGCUCUGCAGCAGGACGACGGGGACCUCAACAGCCUGGCGAGUGCCUUGGAGGAGAUGGGCAAGAGUGAGAUGCUGGUGGCCAUGGCCACCGACGGGGACUGCUGAGCUGCCCCAAACCCGCGGGCUGUUAGGGACCAGCAGGCGGCUGACAUAGGCAGGCCCAGGGCAACCUCCUGUGGGGCAGUUGGGCCUCCUCUGCUCCCGAGCUCACGGCCAGAAUCGCCCUUCCUCCUCCUCCUCCCCUUGACCCACCCCCAGACCACGACCAGCCUUAGGAAAUCCAUGGACGUUGUUGUUGGGAGGACCCUGCGGUCCUUCUCCACCUCCUGCUGUCUCUCCUGACCUCAGACCGCUGUGCAGGAACCGGGAUGGGGAUGGGGCCUCUGGAGGCAGCUAGGGGAGCAAGGAGGUGGCCCUCCCACCCUCUGCCCCAGGGUCUCUGGGGUGCAUCUGUUUUAGAUGUGCUCUUCAUUCUCUUCCUCGGCUAUUGAUUUCUCCCUCCUCCCUAAGCCCCUUUCUCCUUUCACACUGUUUUCCUCUUCGAGGAGUCAAGUACAGUUCAGACAAACUGCUCUCUCCUGUCCACAAGCAAAAAGGAAGAGGAAAGAAAGAAGGAAAGAAAGAAAGCUUCAGACUGCUAGUAAGGC